AUGACGCUACCCGGUCUAUCCCUUCUCCGUUUAAUUUCUGCAACGAAACCGUCCCUCCUGUCGGCCAUUCCUCAACGUGGUACAUCCUCCUCUUCUGAUGACUUCUCACACGUCACUGAGAUCACUGAAAUGCGCUCUCCACCGGUUCCCAAGACCCUUUCCUACUUGAAAAUCAACGAGGGUGGCAAUAUCAAUCGUGCUGAUAUUUUAGGGACUGUUACAGAUGUGAAGGUGCGUCUCCAGAUUCAUGUGCAUUACAUGAUGUUGGACCGACUUUCGCAGCCGGGGAGGCAAUGGGCCACCCUGUUCGUUCGCACACGUAUUCCGGUGCUCUCGACUCCUCUGGAUGAUGAAGAAUGCUUUGACUCCGAAGUAGAUGAAAACGAAAGGGAUGCCAGUAGAGUGACUUACCUUCUGCGCACCUAUCACAAUCGAGUGCACGUCUUCCACCUCCGGCUUUUGCCGCUAGUGAAGCGUCUGCGACUUGGGGAUCGCGUCUUUGUGACCGGAUUUCUCUCUUACUAUAAACCCAGUUUUACUUCUAGUCCAAUCGAGGUUGCCAAGGUGAGGAAAAUCGGCGCGGUUGUCGCUGAGCGACUGAUUCUCUUAGGUUCUUCAAAUGAGGCGAUCAACUCGGAGACUGAGUAG